GUCGCACGUCAAGCCCACGGUCUCCCCGGGACAUCUGGGAUUGGCAGUAGGCCUAUACUCAUGAUAGUACUGACAUAUUGAAAGCCGCUCCCAUGGUAUUCUAUCUUGACACGUGGACGUAUGUUCGCGGUCAGAGCCUGGAAUACAGGAGUGCGCAUAUGCUUGCAGCUGAAAGAACUGUGAUCUGGGGAGGCUCUAGAAAGGACCUUCGGGCGCGCUGGAACAGCCCGAAUCAUACGGUGUGGGCGUUUUCAAUUGCAAGACGGAUACUUUGUGGCUAUAUGUCUGUUGAACGCAGGACUCUGUCGAAGGAAAGUCCAUAAUUAUCGUGGCAAAGGGCAAUAUAUGGGGAGAUCGAUGGAGAGAUAUUGUAGCUCAAUUCCAACCUCUCUGGAGCAAUGUCGUCACAGUGAAAGUUGCUCAGAGGGUAUGAGUGAGACUGAAGAACGAUGAGUAAGAUGCUAUGGAGCAGAGUCUUCUUGAGUGGGUAUUUGUGCCUCGUCAGGAGACCUCGACACUUUUCCAGACUCACAAUCGAGCCCCCCCCCCCCCCCCCCCCCCCC